AUUACUUCGUGUCCAAAGCUGUGAUUUCUUUGCCAUCGUCACUUAUCUGCUUCAGAGCCGCUGCUGAGAUAGUCUCACAAUCUCCUUUUGCUCUUCAGACCUUCAGGAGAUGUCUCCCGAGAUACGUGUAGUUAUUCAAUAGUCUUUGCAUAGUGAAUAUUAUCUCAGGAAGCCUGUUGAACGACUUCGGUCAGGGCUGGGAAUCUACUUCACUUGAGCUAAGAAAAAUGAACUUGACGGAGAAACAAGUCAUCGUUGUACAAGCACUCCUUUGGAGCAUCAGCGGUGGAGUGCUCCUUAUCCUCUGCCUCAUGAUAGCCAUCACCUGCAUCCUGGCCAGAAAGAACCUACGCACACAUCAUCUUUGCCUUUCAUCCUCCCGCCAGCGGAAGGAUGAAUUUGGACAAAGUGAAGAAAUGGUUCAGCACAAGAAACUCCAGUCAACCAGGAGCAUGGACACUGACAUGUAUGUAGCCCCUCGCACCGACUUCUCUACAAAGUCGACCAAGAGUUAUGAUCGCUCGGCGAAUCGCCACGGUUCCCCAACCAACUCCCUCGAACACCACAUUUACGAUGAUCCUGACUACAUCCUGUCCUGUGCCAAGAUGGGAAGAGCACACUAUGGAAACGAGUCUGACAUAUCAAGUUCUCGUGAAUCCAACAACUACGAGAAGGUCCACGAUUACGCCAACGCCGGUUCCUUGCGACACUAAACCAGAGAGCCUCUGGCUUCAGAAACUCUACAAACCAUUGCAUUGAGGUUUACGUUCUUUGGCUAGGCUGUCAACUGUCCUCAUCCUCGUUGGCUUGAGCGCCUCCACAAGAAAAACUUACUGAUUGACUUCAUGUGAUAUUGUGUUGUCCUAUUUAGGGUUGAGAGAAGAUUUGUAGCAUUAGAAAGCUAAAUUAAUUACCAUGAUAAAGUAUUCCUAUCAGCAUUUCUAGCAUAUUUGUAAAGCCUUUUGGGCUGAGAAGUAAACUUCUUUCAUGAAAAUUUAACGUACUAGUCAUAGAAAAUGAUAAAACCCAAAGUAGGGAGCGAAAUAUCCACAGUUCUAUUGGACUGUGAGAGUCAGAGGUUUCCAACUCUAGAUCUAUAAGUAGGGGAUGUUUACUAUUUAUGCAGAAAACGUACUGUCAUUACCAUUAUUAUGAAUACUAUUUUUAAAAUUUCUUCAGCAACUGUCUGGGUAUUGUCGAUUAUCAUUUUUAUCAUGUUAUCUCAUGUACUAUCUAGACUGUGUGUAUGUUAUCGUCUAAAGUGUGUUCAGUUACUCUGAAAGAAUAUUACAGAUUUUAAUA